GAGCAAGUGCUUUUCUCUUGGAAAAAACAAACAAACAUGAUGUCAGUUUAUGGGAAAGCAAAACAAAGCACGAUGAAGAGGAAUUGUAGGAAGAAACAGAGGAACUACUGUCCGCAGCAGGCAUGUAAGUUAUCUGUGUUGCCAGAUGAAAUCGUAAUGAAUUGCUUGGCCUUUGUCCCAAGAUUGGACCACGGAUCCUUAUAUCUGGUCUCCAAGCUGCACCGCUCUCUAAUGCUUUCCCCGGAGUUAUACCAAGCCCGAUCCCUAAUGGGUUGCACCGAACACUGCAUCUAUUUGUGUUUAAGCAUCCCUUCAGACCCGUUCGCACGCUGGUUCGCCUUCUACCCAAAAGCCCCCGUAAAUCAUCCUAGUCGGCUGCUUCAGAUCCGGCCACACUUGUAUCAGCCUCCUGAAGCAUCUUCCGUGGUGGCCCAUGGUUGGGGUAUCUAUGUGAUUGGUGGGAUGAUUGGCAGGAAGCGAUCACCCAGGGUCUUUUUCCUGGAUUGCCGAUCUCAUACGUGGACCAAUCUCCCCUCCAUGGGGUUCGCUCGAGCUUCUGCUGCAGCUGGCGUGGUGGACGGGAAGAUAUACGUUUUUGGAGGUUGCAAGAAACCAAAUUGGGUAGUAGAGGUUUUCGAUCCAAAGACGCAGACUUGGGAUGCCUUGUCGAACCAGCCUCCUCCGCCAGAUGAUCUGAACUCCUUAAUGCACGAAAUCGCACUGAUAGAGGAGGAGAAGACAGAGAAGAUUUUCGGUUUGAAUGACAAAGGUGAUGGACUGCUUUACAUUCCGAGUCAAGGCAUAUGGAAAACAGGGAACUCGGAUACCAACCAACUUAGAAAGGGUUGGCAUGUGAUAGACAAUGUCAUCUACUCUUGUGUAACCGGUGGGUGGAUAUUGUGGUGUGAGGCAAGUGAUUUGGAGUCCGCGGGUGGGAUGAAGUGGAGACAAGUUAUGGGUUUGGAGGAUCUAAGGGGCACCCUUUGUGCCUCCAAAGUGGUCAAUUAUGGUUGGGGUUUGCCAUCCCUACACCUUGACGGUAUAUUUCCCGGUCACAAACUGAGCAACUCUGGUCCCAACAUGUUACUCUUCUGGGACUGUCCUGCUAAUAGGAAAUGGGAGAUUUGGUGUGCAGAGAUCUCUUUACAAAGGCGCAAGGAAACUGGCGAGAUUUGGGGAACUGUUGAGUGGUCCGAAGCCGUCACAAGGAUCGAUUAUCCUCUACAUCGGCCUCGUCACUCUUUUCUCGCUCAGUAAUCGACCUCAAGUGGGUUCGUUGAGAGCGGAAGGUCUGAAAACAAGUUCUUUAACAACUAGUAUGAAGAGCAUUUGGUUAUGAUGAACAAUGAUUAUGCGAGAAAGAGGACACGUUUUUUUUU